UUAAGUUGUAUGUAAUCAUGUACUCCCUCAGAACAAUAUUUAUUGUCACAUUAUCCUGACUCUUCAUCUAUUUCAAUUUCACUCCGAUGAACAUCCUCUUGAAAUGAAUAAGUUGUUUUUCUUCAUCUGAAUUCACUGAUAAUCUUGUCUGAUCUUAUUAGCCAGAAUUCUUACCUGAACUUACUAGUCAUAUCUUAUCUAAUAAUGGUGCUAUGUACUUCAUUAUAAAUGUUACAUCGUUCUACUACUCCAUAUUAUAUACGAAGUCUUGCAUUAAGUUAUCCUCCGGAUUAUCGUUUAUUGCAAAAAAUUCCCUCAAAGAUUCUCAUUUUUCACUAGAGGUCUUAUGUCCUUGUUGUCUUAUUGACAUGAUUUUGUUUGACUUAAUGUUCAUUAAUACCUAAUAAAACAUGAUACUACUUUGAUUUCGAGCUCCAUAUGUUCCCUGAGUAGCUAUCAAUGAUGGAAAUAAUGACGUCGUCAGACAAUGGGGAAUGAAAAUUCCAAAUUGAAGCUCCCACAAAUCCAAACUGAAGUUUCCACAGCCACAAAGGUCUUGUCAUCUAUAACCAGCCUGCCAAUAAUGACUUCUCUAUAAUUUAAAUGAAGGCAUCUUAGCAUAUAAGACAUAUAUUUACUGAAUUGCUAGUAGUGUAGUGGUGAAAGAUAAAGACAUUCAAACUCUAUAAUUUUCCAUUAGUAGAACUGCAGAGGGAUUAUCUGAUGUCUGACUCCGGUAGCAGUUGCAGAAACAAACGAUGGUCUCUUACUGGCAUGACUGCUCUUGUUACCGGGGGCUCUAAAGGAAUCGGACAUGCAGUUGUGGAAGAGCUAGCAGGACUAGGGGCUAAGGUUCAUACAUGUGCUAGAAACGAGUCUGAACUCGAAGCUUGCAAACGUGAUUGGGAGGCCAAAGGCUUUCAAGUCAGUUGUUCUGUUUGUGAUUUAACAUCUCGAUCCCAGAGAGAAAAGCUCAUGGAAACUAUUUCCUCUGAGUUCAAUGGCAAACUAAAUAUCCUGGUAAGCAACGUUGGGACAUACCUAAAGAAGCCAACAACAGAUUUCACAGCAGAAGAUUAUGCAGCUAUAAUGAGCACCAACCUUGAAUCAACUUACCAUAUAUGCCAGCUUGCCUAUCAUCUUCUUAAGGCAUCGGGUUUUGGCAGCAUCAUUCUCAUGUCUUCUGUUGUUGGUGUUGUGGCUAUUGAUGUUGGCUCACUUUACGGCACAUCAAAAGGAGCAAUGAACCAAUUAGCAAAGAAUUUAGCAUGUGAGUGGGCAAAGGAUAACAUCAGAAUUAAUUCUGUUGCACCUUGGUACAUCCGUACCCCUCUUACUGAAGAGAUCCUUAAUGACAAAAAAUAUUUGGAAGGAGUAUUAGGAAGAACUCCUCUUGGAAGAACAGGGGAGAUGGAAGAGGUGUCUGCCUUAGUGGCAUUCUUAUGCAUGCCUGCUGCUUCUUACAUUACUGGCCAGACCAUUUGUGUUGAUGGAGGUUUUACUAUCAAUGGAUACAACCCAACUUUUUGCUAGAUAACUUGCAUUGGUUCGGGUCCAUGACUUUUAAGUAGAGAGUCGAUAUCUUCAAGCCUUCAAUAAGUUGUACGUAGUCAUGUAGACACGUAGUCCCUAGGAACAGAAUUGAUUGUCACAUUAUCCCGACUCUUCAUCUAUAUCAAUUUCACUCUGAUAAACCUCAGUAUGAAUCUUUUGUUUCUCUUCA